AUGGGGGACUGGCCUCGCUUACACAUUUUACUUUUAUGUUUUUCCUUCUUUCUGGGAUGUCGCCCCUUCUCCACUUCAAAAAUGAGUGACAUUGACAGGGAUAUUGCUCAGCUUAAGAAAUGUGAGUACCUGAGCGAGAACGAGGUCAAACUGUUGUGCAACAAGGCGAAGGAGAUUUUAAUCGAGGAAUCCAAUGUACAAUACGUUGAUUCGCCCGUUACCGUAAACAUACAUGGCCAGUUUUAUGACUUUAAGGAGCUGCUUGAGGUCGGCAAGGACAUUCCUGAGACCAACUACUUGUUUAUGGGCGAUUUCGUAGACAGAGGGUACUAUUCCGUUGAAACAUUCCUGCUCCUUCUCUGCUUCAAGGUUAGGUACCCUGAUCGCAUCACUCUCAUCCGCGGAAAUCAUGAAUCUCGUCAGAUCACUCAGGUGUACGGGUUCUACGACGAGUGUAUACGGAAGUACGGGAGCGUCAACGUCUGGCGCUACUGCACCGACAUCUUUGACUAUUUUUCCAUCGGCGCCCUCAUCGACAACAAGUACUUUUGCAUCCACGGCGGACUCUCGCCGUCCAUUCUCACGAUCGACGAGAUCAGGUACCUGGAUCGUAAGCAGGAGGUUCCGCACGAGGGGCCGAUGUGUGACCUGCUCUGGUCGGACCCCGAGUCAAUGGACGGUUGGGGAGCGAGUCCGCGAGGCGCCGGCUUCCUGUUUGGCGGUGACGUGGUUCGUCAGUUUUGCCACCAGAACAACAUUCAAACUAUCGCAAGGGCUCACCAGCUGGUCAUGGAGGGGUACAAGUGGUGGUUCAACAAGGCUCUCAUCACUGUCUGGUCGGCUCCUAACUACUGCUAUAGGUGUGGUAAUGUAGCGAGUAUUAUGGAACUAGACGAGAAUUUAAAUUGCAAUUUUAAAAAGUUCGAGGCUGUUCCUCCAGAUAAGAGGGGCGUUCCUGCCAAGAAACCCUUACCUGAUUACUUUUUGUAG